CCACUUAAACCGUGGCUGCAAUUUAGUGUGUUUAAUAAAGAAUAUAACAAGAAAAUGUUAAAAACAUACAUCGUGAAUAGUUAAAAUAAAAAAUAUUUGCAGAUGACGGUGUUGACUGUUGAUAAGCUAACGAAUGCAAUAAUUUAAAAAUAAUGAUGAAUAAUUUGCAGUUGUUUUUCCUGAAUUUGUCAAGUGUUUUGCUGUUAACGUGUGGAAACAAGAACGUUCCAUUUUAUCAAAUAGAAGCAGUUGUUGGUGAAACAGUACACUUACCAUGUGAUACAACUACUAAUUCUGCCGAUGAAGCCAACUUGAUACUUUGGUAUCGGGAGGAUAAAGGAACUCCCAUAUACAGCGUUGACAUUCGAGCUGGAAUAUCAAAAGUUGCAAGGCGAUGGUCAGAUGAAACCGCUUUUGGAGACAGAGCCCAUCUUACACUUGAUAAGGGGCCGUGGAAGUUAACUAUUCGCAAUAGUCAAGUGUCUGAUACUGGAGCGUAUAGAUGUCGGAUAGAUUUUGAGAAGUCACAAACGCAUAAUUGUCGAAUCGUAUUGACGGUAAUAGCUUUGCCUAAGGAGGUCAUCAUUCUAGACGAAAAGGGUGCUAAGCGCUCUACCGUAGUUGGACCUUACAACGAGGGUGAUUUUGUAAUACUUUAUUGUGAAGCUGUCGGAGUUCCACCCCUGGGUAUUCGAUUACUUGGUGCACACCAGCCGCUCUCUGCAGGCCACCGAUAUGAUCUUUUAUGCCAAAGUGCCGGAGGUCGACCACCUGCUGUCAUAACUUGGUGGGAAAAUGAUAUUCGAUUAGAAAAAACCACGGAAACUAUAUCAAGCGAUGGAAAUCAGACAACAAGUACAUUAUCAAUUACUUUUGACAAAUCUGAUGCCGGGAAAUAUCUCUCAUGUAAAGCAUAUAAUCUUGUUAUAACAGCACCACUGGAAGAUGGCUGGAUGCUUGAUAUCCAAUGUAAGUGGAAGAUAUGUAUAUAG